AUUUUCUUUUACUUUUUUUUACGAAUUUACCCAAUAAAAAAUAUAAAACAAAAAGUUCUUUUAUUGCCUUUGAUCUUUUGAAGUUGAUAAAUAAUACGUAAAAAACACUUGACUCAAAAACUUCGUUCGGAAGAUUCCUCGCAAUUCACGUAAAGAUCUCCUCAUGAUGGAUUCCUUCCUGAGCUUCGUAAGUCCGACAAGUGGGGGAGGUGGUGGUGGUGGUGGUGGUGUUGGUGGUGGUGGUGGUGUUGGAAUUGCAACUUGUCAAGGUGGUCCAAGUGGUGGUCCUCCAACGGGUGUUGUAGGUGGUGCUGGUUCAAUUGCAACAACUGGUAUAGGUUGUAACGAUAUGACAACUGUAACAACAACGACGAUAAUUACAGAACAACAGCAACAACAUCAACAACAACAACAACAACAACAGCAACAGCAACAAUUGCAACAUUCACAAUUACCCCCAAAACAACUUUAUUACUGUCCUAAGUGCCUUCAUGGUUUUACAUUGAAGAGCAAUCGUAAUCGGCACUUCAGGUACGAGUGCGGUCAUGAGCCAAGGUUCAAGUGUCCUUACUGCGAAUUAAGAAGCAAACAAACUUCACAAAUUUAUUCUCACAUUAGAAAGAAACAUCCAAUGGAAAGGGUAUACGUUAUUGAUCUGAAGUCUUAACAGUUAUCAUCUACGUGGGAAUUUUAAAUAAUGAUGAAGAUGGAGAUGAAGAUAACGAUGACGAUCAAGUAUAGAAGAAGGAGAAGAAGAAGAAGAAGAAAAAGAAGAAGAAGAAGAAGAAGAUGAUGAUGAUGAUGAUGAAAAGAAGACAUCAAUAUCAUCUUUCAAUGAUAAAGAAGAGA